UACAAGCAUUAUUUCCCAACAUUAAUAUCUCCAAACACUCUCAUUUUUAGCAACCUGAGAGAUUUGGAGGAUAAAAAGGAAGAACUUAAACUAAAAACAAACUGAUCAAAGGAAGACGAUGGAGAUGCCGAAGGGUUGGUUUUGGAGUGUUUGCAAGCGAGGAAGGCCAUAUAUUGGGGUUCUUUUUCUACAACUAGGAUACGCUAUUAACAAUCUUAUAGUGAAGUCUGCUUUAAACGAGGGCUUAAAUCCUUACACAUUCUCUGUUUAUCGAAAUAUUGCUGCAGCAGUUGCUUUUGGCCCAUUUGCUCUAUAUUUUGAAAGGAAAAUACGUUCUCAGAUGACAUUUUCUGUAUUUUGGAAGAUAUCCUUGUUGGCGCUAAUUGAGCCAGUUUUGGACCAAAUACUAUACUACACCGGGAUGAAGUACACAACAGCAACAUUUGCAAUCGCAAUGUGCAAUGUUCUCCCUGCUUUGACUUUUGUAAUGGCGUGGAUCUUUAGACUUGAGAAGGUCAACGUGAAGAAAUUGCAUAGUCAAGGGAAGAUCCUUGGAACCCUGAUUACAGUAGGUGGAGCCAUGGUCAUGACACUUGUUAACGGACCACUGGUUCCAUUGCCAUGGACCAAGGGAACCGGGGUGCACCAGGUUGUAGCUUCCACCGCCUUGGUCUCGCAAGACCAACAUAUUAAGGGUGCCAUCAUGAUCACUGCUGGUUGUUUUUGUUGGGCCAGUUUUUAUAUUCUUCAGGCUAUGACUCUUAAGGAAUACCCGGCUCAAUUAUCCCUUACGACACUUAUAUGUAUGAUGGGUGCUCUACAAGGAACUGUUGUAACUUUGCUUAUCGAGAAUGGUAAAUCUGGCAUUUGGUCUAUGCACAAGAGAACAGAAAUUAUUGCUACUCUUUAUAGUGGAAUAAUCCGAUCUGGGGCUAGCUACUAUGUUUCGGGGCUAGUGAUGAAGGAAAAAGGACCAUUUUUUGUGACGGCUUUCAACCCUUUAGGGAUGGUGAUUGUUGCAAUUGUGAGCUCAUUUGCUUUAGCUGAGCGGUUGUUACUCGGAAGGGUUGUGGGAGCCUUCAUCAUUGUUCUAGGUUUGUACUUGAUCAUAUGGGGGGAGAUGCAAUUGUUGGAUAUAUGCUCGACCUCAUUGCCGCAUGACACAAGAAUAUUAGGGUUAUAG